CUCUCGUCAACGAGACACUCUCCGUGUCAUGGCCAACCAAGACCUCCACGCCCCGUUCUCGCCCGAGCGCGGCCACGCCAGCCUCGUUGAGAGGAGUAGACGGAUAAAGAUGGCAGCGGAGAUGGGCCUCGCCCGGUCCUCCCGCCACUGGAGCCGCGCACUCCGCCGCCGCCUCCUCCUCCUCCGGAGGGGAACGGCAAGUGACGGCUGCGGGUGCCAGAGCGAGGCGUUGACUUCCUCGAAGGAGGGGGGAGAUCUGGGAGUGGGAGCGAACGAGGAGGAGGCGGUGGAGGUAGAGGCACGGGUCAGAGCGCUGCAGAGGCUGGUCCCUGGAGGCGAGGAGCUGGGCACGGAGCGGCUGUUCGAGGAGACGGCCGACUACAUCGAGGCGCUGCAGGUGCAGGUGAGUGCCAUGAGGGCGCUUGCGUGUUUGCUUGAUGAGUCGAGAGAGAAAAGAGGGUGAAGCAUGGCUGUCUUUCCUGUACGUUGGGAUUUUUCCUUCUCCGACAGUAGCCUCCUUUUGAGAUGUAAGAGCAGUGGAGAGAGAAAAUAAUUCUUAGUAAUUUAUUUUUUGAUUCAUGGUUAAAUCUUUGCCAGAUAAGAAGAGACAAAGAACAAUCUUAAAUCCACCAUUAUUUACUUGUGUGAGAUUUAGAUCUGCCCUCUCUUGCAUCAUGAAAUUGACUGGAUUACUGAAGAGGGUUUGAGCAGCUGAAAACAUCACCCUCUUCCCUUUGUUUAAGACUAUCGGCACACUUUAUUUGGCAGAAAUCUAAAU